UUCUGAGUUUCCGACGGUAUAAUUUUGAACGAAAUGAACUUUCACGAAUAUAAUUUUAAAACGAAUGAGAAAAGGGAAAUUGUUUGAUGGACCAACAUGGACAAUAUGACGUCGAAUGUCACUUUGAGGAACAAGCAACGGAAAGACAACCUGAUAACCCGGAAACAGGACAAGAGUCCGGAGAAGAGUAUCAGAGGGACCCGGGGGGCUUACCGGGCUGUGCCUUCGACCUCGAAGAAUGAGGAGGACCCGGACCGGCUGGACCGGUCCAAGAAGUUCAUCUCGCAGAACAAGCCGGGCUAUGGGCUGGGCAAGAGACCGGAGUUCCUCAAGAACAGAAAUGUGCAUUUAGCCUCCUCGCGAUAUGGACAGAUGACGUCGGGGCUGCACGGGCACGGGAUCGCGGCGCCGGCGCACCACCUCGAGCCCGCCGUGCUGCCCAAGGAGAAGACCGUCCAUGGGAAGGAGAAGACGUUUAAGGUGGUGGUCCCAGGCGAGGUCGGCGUGCUGAAGCCGGCCCUGGGCCCACGGCCCUACAAUGCCCUGGCCAUCAUCCACACGCAGCCCAGCAACACGUUUGACAUGCUCAACUCGCUCACCACCAGCGUUGCAAACCAGCCGGUGGGCGUGAGCGUGGGCGGGUACCGGCGGCGCAGCUCGGGGCAGGGCGCGCUGUGCGACCCCGAGCUCGACGACAGCGGGAACAAGCUCGUGGCGCGCCUCGAGGACGACGCUUUCAUCUCCGAGCAGGACCUGGAGGAGAACAUCGAGAUAGCGACAAAUACGGUUCGACCGGAGGACGCCGAGGUGGAGGAGGAAGGUGCUGAGCCCACGAAACCCGCUAACGGGCUAGUGUACGGGGACCUGGAGCUGGACAAGCUGGACCUGCAGAAAGACAAGCAGAAACCCGACGAAGACGAAGAGGAACCGAUCGGGGUGUCGCCCUGCGGCCGGUUCUUCAAAUACGACAAGGAGGUUGGUCGCGGGUCCUUCAAGACAGUAUACCACGGGCUCGACACGCAGACUGGCGUCGCUGUGGCUUGGUGCGAGUUGCUGGAGAAAAAGCUGAACAAGACGGAGCGUCUUCGCUUCCGCGAGGAAGCGGAUAUGUUGAAAAAACUACAACAUCCUAAUAUAGUCCGCUUCUACAACUACUGGGAGGGCGUCGUGGCCAAGAAAAAGAACAUCGUGCUCAUCACGGAGCUGAUGCUGUCCGGGACACUUAAAGCUUACCUUCGAAGAUUCAAGCGAAUCAACCCGAAGGUGCUGAAGUCCUGGUGCCGGCAGAUCCUCAAGGGGCUCAACUUUCUACAUUCUAGGACUCCUCCUAUAAUCCAUAGAGAUCUGAAAUGCGAUAAUAUCUUCAUAACUGGCACGACAGGCAGCGUCAAGAUCGGCGACCUCGGCCUCGCCACGCUCAAGAACCGCAGCUUCGCCAAGUCUGUCAUCGGCACCCCCGAGUUCAUGGCGCCCGAGAUGUACGAGGAGCACUACGACGAGUCCGUGGACGUGUACGCGUUCGGCAUGUGCAUGCUCGAGAUGGCCACCGGCGAGUAUCCCUACUCGGAGUGCAGCGGACCCGCGCAGAUAUACAAGAAAGUCGUCUCGGGGGUGAAACCGCAGAGUUUGGACAAAGUGGCGAUACCGGAAGUGAAAGACAUCAUCGAAUCGUGCAUCAAGCCAGACAAAGGAGAUCGGCCCAAAGUGAAGGACCUGCUGAACCACGAGUUCUUCGGCGAGGACAUCGGCCUCCGGCUCGAGAUCGUCGGCAGAGACCUGGUGACUUCUUCCGACAUCGCAAAGAUACAGUUCCGCCUUAAGAUCAUUGACCCCAAGAAGCGAUCGUACACGCACAAAGAGAACGAAGCCAUCCAGUUCGACUUCGACAUGGACCGCGACGACUGCCAGGACGUCGCCACCGACAUGGCCAAGGCCGGCCUCAUCAUGGAGGAAGACGCCCGGCUUGUGUUCAAGCUGCUCAAGUCGCAGCUUAUAAGCUUGACGAGGGAGAGGAGUGAGAAGAAGACGCAGAUGCUAUUCAACCAGCAGCUGAUAGAGCAGGACAGACAACAGCAGAUGUUGUUGGAGCAGCAGCUAAGGCAGGUUAAAAUGAUCCAGAACCAACAAGUUGGACCUGUAGAAGUAACAUCUGGACUUUUAAACGGCGUCGGAACUCAACCGUUAGCGGCUGUACAGUUAGACCAGCAAUCCCAGCUCCUCCAAGCGCAGCAGCAGCUGUUCCAGCAGCAAUUCCAGCAGCAGUACAGCGAGGAGGCGAUGCAGCUGCUGCAGCACAACCUGCGGCAGCAGGCGCGCCUCUCCCCCGCCGCGCCCGCCCCUCCCCCGCACCAGCUGUUGCAGCACCAGCAGGUUUUGCUAGAACAGAACAUGAAACAACAAGUCCUGAUGGAGCAGAACCUUCGAAAUCAGCAGCAGAUGUUGGAGCAGACGCAACAGCUGGAAACCCAGCAGUUGGACCCGCAGCAGAACAGCCUGCUCAGCCAGCAGUGCAUCGCCAAUGAGAUCAGCAACCAGCACCAGGCGCUGCAGCAGCACAUUAUACAGCAGCAGCAGAACAUCAUAGCGCAGCAGGCGGUGGCCAUCCAGCAGAAGCAGCUAGAAGAGCAGCUGACACAAGAGAACUUCAUCGCACCUCCAGCCGUCGCCCCCAACCAGCUGGACCCGUCGCUCCAGAACCUCCAGAACGUGCUGGCGCAGAUCAUCCAGCGGCCUGACAGUCUCCAGGCGCGCAAGGAAUCGGAGUCGGAGCAGCAGCCGCAGCAGCAAGAGGAGCUGCAACAGCAACAACAAGAACAGAUGCUGCAAAUGCAUCAGAACCAGCUGUACCAGCAGGCGCAGUACAUCCCCCAGAACAUCCUCCAGGUGGACCCCAACAUCCUGGCGCAGAGCCAGCAAGUCGCGCAGGCGCAACAACAGGUAAUGUUGCAACAGAACCAGCUGUACCAGCAGGCGCAGUACAUCCCCCAGAACAUCCUCCAGGUGGACCCCAACAUCUUGGCGCAGAGCCAGCAAGUCGCGCAGGCGCAACAACAGGUGAACCAGGCGCAGCAGCAGCUCAACAUGCAGAAGCACAUGGUGGCGCAGCAACAGCUGGCCCUCCAGCAGCAGAUGAUGACGCACCAGCAGCUCCAGGUCCCCGGACAGACGCUCUCCCCCCAGCACAUCCGCACCCUACAGCAGCAGCAGUACCUCGCGCAGCAGGAGCUGCAACUACAAUCGCAGCAGAACCUCCUCGACCAGCAGAACCUGGCGCUGUACGCGCAGAAGCAGCAGCUCAUGGGGCAGCAACAGCUCAGGGUCGAGGAGAUGCUGCGCGCGCAGAGGCCUAUGUACCAGCGACAGGGCUCCGAACAAAGCCAGAUCAGCUCCGCGGACAUGCACGAUCAACUAGUCAACGAAUACCAAAAACCCCUCCAAACGCAGAUGUCCGUGGAGCAGUACAACCAGUACUUGGAGCUGCAGCAGAUGCAGAAGCCCGAGGAGUACCACCAGGUGCACCAGCUGCAGGGCCAGUCGCUGCCCCACAAUAUGAUGAACUUUAGUCAUUCAGCAAGGCAAUUCAACCAGUAUAUGGCCCUGCAACGGCUGCAACAGAUGCAGAAAGUUCGUAGGGAGUACCACCAGAUACGUCAGGAGCAGGGGCAGUCGCUGCCUCACAAUAUGAUGAACUUUAGCCUCGCGGGCGACCGGCAGAUAUCUAGUCAUGAAGGCACCCCGGUGCAGAAUUACGCCACGAACCCGCUGCAGAUGUACCAGCCCGCCCAGUCGCAGCCAGUCCACAACGUCAUGCACUACCAGAACCAGAACCAGAUGGAACAAGUGGAACAGGUGCCGCAGAUGGCGCCCAGUGUGCCACAGUCGGUGCAAUCUGUGCCACAAACGGUGCAGAGUUCUGUGCCACAGACGGUGCAGAGUUCAGUGCCACAGGAGCUGGCAAUACCCAACUCGUUGGCUCAAGAGGCCCGCCCAGCGGUCUCCGAAGCGCCGCAAGCUUUGAACCUGCCCGAGCCGGAGAACGGAUCGGGCAACGGCGGCAACAAGGAGCAGUUCCACACGCCGCUCACGGAGUUCCCCUCGGGAGCCACCCACGAGGCCGCCAUACGCCAGCCUGACCUCGCCUCGGUGGAUGAGAAGCAAGACGGCCAGGAAGCAGCCGCGGCGAUCCCGUCUCCGAUAACGGGCGACAAGAAGUCCCGCGGCUCGAAAAAGCGCUCGAGAGAGAAGGACAAGCUGCCCAAACUCACCGUGCUGGAGGUGAACGAGACGAACGUGGAGUGUCAGCUGGAGUCCAAGUCCAAGACGGUGACGUUCAAGUUCGACGUCACCGACGUCAACCCGGAGGAGAUCGCCACCAAUCUGGUGUCGAAUAAUCUGCUGCCGGAGUGGCAGGCGAUGACGUUUAUGGAGUCGAUAAAGGACAUCGUGCAGCAGCUGGUCGCCAACCCGGCCUGCACGCCCGUGCUCAACCCGCACCACUCCGCGCUCCGCCUGCAGCUUGAUAAGACUGACUACGACAGCGAGACGACGGAGCGCGAGGAGAACCUGACGGACUCGAACCAGGACAACUCGGAGUGCACCACGCCCACCGCCAGCGCCGACCACCUGCCCCUCGCCGACCUCGCGCUCGACCCGCCCCCGCCCGCCCCCGCCCCCGCCCCCGCCCCCGCCGAGCCGCACCACACCAGCCACGUAGACGACAUCGCCAGGAAGAUCAGCACCGCCUCCUCUAUAGGUUCCAAUCAAUCGGACGGCGGUUCGGCGGCGGCCGACCGCGCCGCCACAGAAUCUCACCCGCCCCCUCCCCCGCCCCCCGGCGACAACAAGCCCGCCGCGCCGGCGCGCAAGAUCUCCCGCUUCGUCGUCAGCCCCGUCGUGCCCCGCCCCGAGCCCGAGAAACCCGACCACAAGCUCUACUCCGACGUCGCUAGGGACCCCAAGCCGGAACUCAACGGGCUCGACAAGGACCCGCAGAAAGAAUUCGUUCCUACGCACCAGUACUCCGUGCCGCAGCUUUCGCACGCGCCACAGACUUUAACAGAUCAUAGGCCCCAGGAAUUGAGUAGCGCGUCGACUAGUAGCAUACCCAAUAGUAUACCUAAUGUACCCAGUAGUGUACCAGCGCCGGUGCAGACGAUUCCCGCCGCUAUGCCGACGAUACAGAGUAUUCCGCAAGCGCUGCCCGCGUUCCAGAACAUCGGCCCGCUACUGAACACGCUGCAGCCGAAUUUAACGACGCCGCUGCAGAUCGCUACGGAUACGCCGCUGCUGGGGCUGAGUCAAGUGGGCACGCCGAUGGGCGGCGACCUCUGCCUGAACGCCGGCCUGAGCCAGCAGGAGCAGUUAACGAGCCGCCUGUCCUUCCCCGCGCAGCCGGUGGACGCGUACCCUAACGCCGAGAACAUACAGCGGAUGCUGCUCAAGCAGAACAUCAUGAACCAACAGCAGAACCUGUCGGGCCCGAACCUGCUGGGGCUGCUGAACCAGCCGCCCUACCCGCAGCCCGACCUCAUGCUGCACAACUCGCUCCUCAACAACGCGCAGCCUGCGUUGUCGCAGCGCCUGUCACCUUACCCCGCCUACCAGCCCAUGCUCGCCACCGCCAACGACCUCUACGCCCAACAGCAAGCCCUGCAGGCGGGCGGGCUGGCGGGGCUGGGGCUCGGGGCUCCGCUGCUGCCGCCGCUCGCGCUCAACCAGAACCUCAUGGCGCAGAACCGGCAGAACCUGGGUCUAGCAGGCCAGAACCUGGGCCUGGGCGGUCAGAACUUAGGCCUCGGAGGGCCCGGUCUCGGCCUCAGCGGUGCCGGCCUCGGCCUCGUGGCGCCACUCAACACCCUGCAGCGGGCACGCGCCUGCUCCGCGCAGCGCAGAAUCCAGGAGGAUUUGCAAGGUCUGGCGGCGGGGUCGCAGGGCUCGUCGCAGCCGAGCACGCCCAACAAGCCGCACUCGUACAGCGAGUACAUGAUGACGCUGCAGCACAAGCUCGCCUCCAUCUCCAACAGCGGCCCGGUGUCUCCCCAGUCCCCCGUCGAGUACAGUCCGGCGCUGUCGCCCACGCACCGCAUGCAACAGCCGCAUAAGGUGGACGCGACGACGGGGGCGGAGGCGCACAAGCGGCACGUGGCGGGGCUCGCGCAGCUCGACCACGAGCUCAGCAAGAUCUCGCUGCACUACAAGCAGCCGCCACCCAAGGACGUGUUGCCGGAGCAUGGCGGCGACAGUGCCUCGCUGCUCGCGGCCGCGGCCUACGACGGCGGCGGCGCGCUGGCGGCGGGCUGGCCGCGGGGCCGCGUGGCGCGCGCGCAGCCCUGCGCGCCCUACCAGCUGUGCCGCUUGCUGCAGCACGCGAAAGACAACCUGAGUCGCGGCUCGUUCACCGGCACGGAGGAGGGCGACGCGGGCUCGCUGUGCUCGGAGACGGCGGCGGAGGCCGACGGGGAGGCCGAGGCCGACGCGGAGGCCGACACGUACGUGGUGACCGGCGGCCUGCGCGCGCGCACCGUGCGCCUCGAGGACGCGCUCGCCGGGACCACGGUCACCGUCAUCGACCCUAGUCACCAGACCGUGGAGUCCCACGGGGCGUGCUUGGGCGCGGACGGCGACCGCAGCUACCUGGUGCUGGACCCGCUGCGCGGGCUCACGGCCGCCGUGCUGGCCCGCACGCUGGCGCUGGAGCUGGACCCGGCGUGCGCGCCGCCGCGGCCCCGGCCCGCCAGCCCGCCGCCGCCGGCCGGGGUCUCCGCCAGCGAGGAGCUCGCCAAGUGGAGGAGCGGGGAAUACGGUUGGCCUUGGGCGGAAGGCAGCACGCUGGAGGCGGGGCCGUGCUGGGCCCGUGCGCAGGCGCGGGAGGCGCGCGUGGCGGCGCGGCGCGGGGAGCUCGCCGCCGACCUGCUCGUGCGGGAGGCGCUCACCGACCGCGCGCUGUGCCGGCAGGUGGUGCUGCUGGCGCUGCGGCCGGCGGCGGGCUCGUUAUGACCUGUGUAGCGAUUCACACUGUACCUUAUAUUUAUUACGCUGUAACAUAUACAUAAUCUAUAUCAUUACUCGUAAAUUAAAUAUUCAUAUGUGAUAUCUA